AUGAGCAAGCCCAUCGAUGCGCCAUCCGCACAGCGCAAAGCUCCCUUCUCCUCCAAUGGCCAGUCGGCACCGCUCUCCUCCUCUGUCCGCUUCCAUCCAGGCCCUCCCGACCAUGAACCAAACACAUCCAUCGACAGCAUCAGCUCCAAGCGCUUCCAAAUCAAUGCUGAUGGUCAGGGCGAAGACGAGAGCUCAGAAGGCGAAGGCGCCGACAAUCGCUAUUCCAGCUCCUUCAACGACAGCGCUCACAGAUCCAGCUCCUUCGGCAUCGCAGCUCCUGCGCAUGGUUUCCCUUCUUCCUCCGCCUACAGCUACAAGGCCAUGAUCAGCAAACACGGCCACGGCUUCCCAGACAGAGCUGAGUCUGUGCGAAACAUCUCGGUCCUUGCCAAUCUUGUCGACUAUCGCUCUAACUACUACGAAGAUCACCGUGUCAGCGAAGAAGAGAUCAAGCACCGUACCAGGCAUCUCGGCUGGUCCAAGGCCUCGGCCGUCUCUGAAUACUACGAACGUCUCAAUGACAUUCUCGAUGGCUGGAGGGAGAUCGACGAGAUUCUCGACUCUCGCUUUCCCGAAGAAGUCAUGCGAAGGUUCAGCCAGCAGGACGAGACCCGCGACAAAAAGAAGCACCGUCCCAAGCCAGGGCACAAAGCCAAGAAACGACGCAACAAGCAGCAGCAGCAGCAGCAGCAGCAGCAGACACAGGCUGUUGAGAGCGACGGGAACAUAUCCGACGAAGAAGAGACUGACGAAGAGGAGACUCGAGGCAGGAAUAAGCGUCCGCUCAAACGCAGCUUUAGCGCCAAAGCUAUCAACGCCUUCAGCGGUCUCUGGUUCGGCGGUUCAGGAAGCCCACGCGCAUCGCACAGGCCCGAUCUCGAGAGCAAUGGCGCUUCCCGUUCCCACGGUCAGGAUCGUCGAAAACCAAAGGGAAGAGCAUUUGAUCUUACCGAGGAAGAUGAGGACGAGGACGACCAGGCCGGCGGUACGUCUCGACAACCGCUUUCGAGCUCGCCCUCUGGCAUGAUCGAAAGUCGUCAGUCUGAUGUACGCCGCGACUAUGGCGCAACUUCGGCCUCUAGCGCUGGUCAGCUUUACGACAAGCUCCGACGCGAAGGGCGCAUCGAGCAGAUUCGCCGCUCCGAGUCUCAAAUCGCUCUUGCGUCGGGAGCAAGCACGCCAACUCACGCCAAUGGCACCCAGACUCCUCGCGAAGGCAUCUCGGCGCCCAGUUCGACCGCCAACACCAUUCGCCCGAAUCAGGUUGAGAACAUCCCCGAGCACCAAUCGCAUACGCUCUCGAAUCACAGCCAACAAGAAGGAGGCAAAUUGGUGCAGACCUGGAUCGACAAGGGCAGUCUCGACCGCGAAUACAGCCGUGAGCGUCGACAUCGUCCUUACGUUUCACAGGAGGAAGAGAGGCAAGCGCUGCUCAGCACCGUGCCCAACCGCGCGAAGGAAGAAGAACUCUCGCGCUCAGUGCAAUUCGCCAUCAACAUCAAUCUCAUCAUCAACAUCCUCCUGCUCGCUGGAAAGGGAUUCGCCGUUCUUUCCUCCAACUCGGUCUCGCUCAUCGCAUCCUUUGUCGACAGUGCUUUGGAUCUUUUGUCCACCAUCAUCAUCUUUGCCACCUCCAAAGCCAUCGCAUAUCGUUCUUGGAGGACCAUGUACAAGUAUCCCGUCGGCAAGCAGCGUCUCGAGCCGCUCGGUGUGGUCAUCUUCUCGGUGCUCAUGAUUGCCUCCUUUGUCCAGGUCUUUAUCGAGUCCGCCACUCGCCUUCGCGAAGUGCUUUCGACCGGAAAGCAGGACCCCGAGUCAGCUGCUAGCCUGCCCUUCAUCGGCGUCGCCUUCAUGCUCGCUACCAUCGGUAUCAAGACUGUCAUGUGGCUCCUCUACCGCUCCUCCAAGUCGUCCGGAGUCCGGGCUGUAGCGCAGGACGCAGAGAACGACGUCGUCUUCAACAUUGCCUCGCUCAUCUUCCCCAUCGUCGGCUCCAAGCUCGGCUGGCCCGCCCUCGAUCCCAUCGGCGGUGUCGUCCUGUCGGUCUACAUCAUCUACGAAUGGAUCGAGACGCUGUGGGAGACCGUCUCCAAGCUGUCCGGCGCGGUCGCCUCGUCCACCGAGAUCUCCAAGUGCCUCUACUGUGUGGUGCGCUUCAACUCGGUCAACAGCGUCUCGGCUUUCGAACUCUUCCACUCUGGUGACAACUUGAUCGUCGAGGCUGACAUUGUGCUGCCUCACUCGAUCUCGCUCAAAGAGUCCCACGACUUGGGCGAGAUCAUCACCUACUGCACCGAGAACAUCAGCGGCGUCGAGCGCUCCUACAUUCAUUUGGACUACAAUCCCAAGGGCCAAGCUGGUCAUUUGACUCAGCGAGGAUAG